AUGGCUGGAAUAGAAGGACAAAACGAGAAUGAUGUGAGUGAUAGUAUGAGAAUAAUGUUAGCCAUUCAGGAUAUGGCCUCUACUAUUCGUGAGACAAAUAACCACGAACCCCAUCAGGAAACUCAAGAUGAUCAAAUAAUGAGGAUUCAAGGAGAAUUUCGUAAGACACGACCACCUGUGUUCAAGGGUGAUCCAAACCCUAUGGUAGCAGAAGAGUGGUUAAGACAAAUGAGGAGAAAGAUGAAUGAACAAAGAGUUCCUGGAAACCUGAAAGUAACCAUUGCUUCUACUUAUUUGGAAGGACAAGCUUAUCAUUGGUGGGAAUCUGUCUUAGCUAUACCUGAUGUUGAGAUUGCAACUUGGGUUGCCUUUGAGACAAUAUUUCUGGAAAAAUAUUUUCCUGAAACUAUGAAAACCAUGAAGGUACGUGAGUUCACUAAUCUUUAUCAAGGUGAUAUGACUGUGGGACAAUAUCAAGCUAAGUUUGAAGAACUGAUGCGUUUUGCUCCUUACAUGAUUCCUAAUGAGUCUGCAAAAGCAAAGAAAUUUGAAGAAGGAUUGAGACUAGAGGUCAAGGAGAAAGUGGAACUUUUUAAGUUAAAGAAAUAUGUUGAAGUUGUUGAUCGUGCCUUAAUGGCGGAACAAAGGAUACUUAGUUCUAAGCGAAUUUUUGAACCUAAGAAUCCAAAUAGGGGACAGAGUAGUAAACGCCAAAGAUUUUUCCCCUCUCGAUCUCGGCACAACGUCCAAGAGGACAACCUGCACAACAAAGGCCUAAGGCACCAGGAGCAGCAAGGAGACCAUAACAACUUACUCAAGGACGAGUAUAUGCUAGUAGUGGAGCAGAAUGAACCUACUAUGGUGGAAGAAUAUGAAUUUAUGAAAUCCUCGUUGAUGAUUGGAUCUCCAUUGGGUAAAUGUGCUGAAGUUAAUAAGUUGUGUAGAUCCUGCAUAAUAGAGAUAUCAGAUCAUAAACUUGUUGUUGACCUGAUGAUAUUGGAAUUCAUGGGGUAUGAUGUAAUAUUGGGGAUGGACUUGCUUACCCAAUUUAAGGCUAUUCUUGAUUGUGAUAGAAAGAUGGUGAACAUGACUCUCAGUGAUGGUUCUUGA